GGCCACCACCAAUAUCUAAUUUCCCAUCCUAUUUUAUCCAGGUACAAAAGGGCGCGCCAAGAUUCCCCAUCUAAUCGCCCGAUCUACCGAACAAAUUGAUUGUGACUCUGAAUGAAUGCCUCUUUCCAAAAAGGAUUGGUGAAUAUCGUUCUCGAGAUACGAUAUAUGGCCCUGAAGGUAAGAAUCAAGAGGAACCAGUAAUUUUCUACUUCAACAUGAUUAAGUCAUGUACCAGAAUGUCAACAUCACGCCCUUUGCUAGAUGAACUAGUCACCGUCUCGCUACGUCUCAUUAUUAUCAUCUCGCCCCCUAGCGACUUCUUAAAAUGCGCUUUCAUCUACUAUCCCGCCCACUAUGCCUCUCUUCAACAUCUCUCUGCGUAUUAAUAUUCCAAACACGCCCAAUAUUCCAUCGAGAUUCGCCGCCACUGUAUCUGAUCUUUACCACCAACAUUUGCCCAAACCCCAAUACCAUUUUCACUGGUUUAGAAUUUCGAGAAUCUUCACAGAGCCGCCUACGGGUGAUGAGCGAACAUCAUGCAUCCAGAGAAGAAUAAUGACUUGGAUCACGCGAAAUCGAGAUCAGUGCCUCCGAUUGACCACGAUACGAUCUACCUUUCCAAUGACUGUCCGGACAAUGAACGAGUCAAUGUUGAUAUUGACCCCGAGCAAGCCCAACCAGUAGCACGCACUGAGAUAGAGUGUCCCCCAGAUAGCGGUUACGGCUGGAUCUAUGUACUGUGUGUCUUUUUGAUUAAUGCCCACACGUGGGGAAUCAACAGCGUAAGAUCUCUUCGGCUUCAGACAAUAUCCAAUGCGCUGAUCCGAUGUUGUAAUAAAUAGUCCUACGGAAUAUUCCUCGCCCAUUACCUAGAAACAAACACAUUUCCAGGAGCGAGCGAUUUAGAUUUCGCGUUUGUGGGUGGUCUUUCCCUCAGUAUGGCUCAAUUCAUCGCGCCCGUCGCCACAAUCACUACGCGAGAGUGGGGGACCAGGACCACCUUGACGAUAGGAAUCAUGUUGCAGACGGCAGCAUUAUUGGGCGCGUCAUGGUCGACUGAAAUUUGGCAAUUGUUUUUGAGUCAGGGGUUGUGUUUUGGUUUUGGGAUGGGAAUGCAGUUUAGUGCUACUGUUGGUAUUAUUCCUCAGUGGUUUGAUCGCCGACGCUCUCUUGCAAAUGGUAUUGGCACUGCGGGAUCGGGAAUUGGAGGGCUUAUAUAUUCGUUGGCUUCCAGCGCUCUCAUUCAGAGGUGGGGUACUGGCUGGGCUUUCCGAAUUUUGGCUAUAGCAUCAGCUGCUGCGUGUGGCUUUUCCGCCAUCAUCAUAAAAGAUCGAAACAAGGCAAUUGGAGCUGUUCAAAUUGCAUUUCAUACCAGUCUCCUGAAAAGACCAGAAUUUCUACUCACUUUAGCAUGGGGCUGUUUGAGCGUCUUGGGUUAUGUAGCUCUUCUUUUUUCGAUACCCGCCUACGCAAACACAGUGGGUCUUACCGUAUCCCAAGGGUCGAUUCUUGGUGCUAUGUUCAAUCUUGGAGGAGGCCUUGGCCGACCCGUCAUAGGAUAUGUCAGCGAUGAUUUCGGACGAAUUAACACCGCACUUGUUUGUACAUUCUUGGCCGGUCUCUUUUCUCUUGUAGUCUGGAUCUUUGCCAAAAGUUUUGGAGUCCUCAUCUUCUAUGCCUUGAUUGGUGGCGCUGUUUCCGCAACCUUUACCACUACCGUUGCUCCGGUGGGCGCUGAAGUUGUAGGGUUACAACUUUUACCGUCUGCUCUAUCUAUAUUCUGGGUCUCGGUGGUCAUACCGAGCACAUUUUCUGAGCCGAUUGCACUUUGGUUGCGAACUAAUAAUGGAACCAAUUUUCUGCAUGCCCAGGUAUUCACAGGCUUUAUGUAUAUGGGAGCAACCGCUUCUCUUCGGCUUGUACGAGCAUGGAAGAUAUCGGAGUUGCAAAAGCUUGGUACUGGUGAUGCUGUCAAUUACGAAGCCAAUGUCAAGGGCAAAAAUGCCGUACCUCGAGACCCUAUGGUGGCCCAGAAAGCGAGCAGAGUUCUUAGUGUGAUGAGCAAGGCAAAGUCUGCGCAGAGCUUGUUCAAAAUGGCAAAGGUAUAAAUUUUGGUGGAUUGAAGAUGAUACUACGUUACGAAAUAUGAAAAUGAUUUGUUCAUAUAGAGAUUUGAAGAUCUGCCCAUUCAACCCUUUUUGUAUUUCCACCCUCAUUGAUCACCUCGAUCUAUUUUUUUCCUGGGUAUAUCGAAAAAAAUCGAGUGUUCUCAUACCCA